UCAACCGCCAGAAGCAGAGCAGACCCAGAGUUUCAGCAGCGAAAAAGUAUAGAGAGUCAUGCACAACAAGAGACCCAAGCUCACAGACCCAGCCGCACCGCCGCAGCACCGCCUCACCCACGACCUAGAGUUCUCCAUCAUGGUCGCCGCCCUCAAGAACGUCGUCUCCGGUGCCACCUCCUCUGGCCUCAUCCCUUGCGUCCCUCCCAGCGCCGCUAGCACUACAGGAGAUCACUACCAAUGGGACAGUGACUUCGCGGCCCUACCCGAUCUCGGCAUGUGUCAGGUGUGCAGGAUCGAGGGCUGCCUCGGGUGCAACUUCUUUCCCCCCAUCGCCGGCCAAGCAGAAGAGAGGAGCAGCGACCGCGCCUCCUCCAAGAAGAGGCCGCCGUCCACGUCCCGAGAGCCAGGCAAGAAGAAGUACAGGGGCGUGAGGCAGCGGCCAUGGGGGAAGUGGGCGGCGGAGAUCCGGGACCCGCGGCGAGCAGUCCGGGUGUGGCUUGGGACGUUCAACACGGCCGAGGAGGCCGCGCGCGCCUAUGACAAGGCAGCCAUUGAGUUCCGCGGGGCACGCGCCAAGCUCAACUUCCCGCACGUCGACCACUCGCUCUUUCUGUCGGUGCCGCCCCCGGUGCAUCCUCAGAGACAGGACCCGAGGAGGACGACUACCACGAUGGACAAUAACGAUUCGGGAAUGGGGUCGAACUCGGAGGAGAACAAAGGGAAGGGCAAGGCGGUGGAAGCAGAUGACUUCUGGGACAUGUUCAACGACGCCGAGAUGGAGAGGCAGCUGAUGACGUUGAUGGACCGGGGAGGCGAUUCCUCCGACUCCAACGGGCGGACCGUGCCCUUAUUUUGAUUCAUUGAUUCUCUCCAACGAUCGAUGCAUGCAUCUUGAUCUUUCGACUGUGUAUGAGCAUAAUUUUUUGAAUUGCUCAUGAUAGAGAUUUUACUUCAAACCGCCACUUUUUCUUCCCGAGCUUUUGAUUCCAUGGUUAUGUCAUGUCCGAACGACUACUGAAUCCG